GAAGUUCUGGAAGAGCAGUCAGUGCUCUUAAACACUAAGUCAUCUCUACAAAUCUAUGAUUAUUAUUUUAUACUGCUAAGUUAACCAGAAAGACUUAUAUAUUUGCAAAAUACCUUGUGCUUUUCAUUCUAGGAAGAUUCAGAUGCCCUAAAAGUAUUUCACGGUUGGUACUUACGUUCAGUUAAGUUUUAAUAAAGUUUGAUUUCUCAAAUGAUGUAUAAAUAAAAGUGUUCUCUAGACACAGGCAUUUCAUCCCACUGCAAGCAGAAAAAAAUCUGAGAAGUGGGAUAGUUAACAGCCCACUACCAGGAUGGUCUGCAUAUGGACCAUAUUUUGGAAUUUUGAAAUUUUGGGUUUAUAUGUCUAGUUUCAUAUAAAAUACAGCACAUGAUCUAAUGUCAACUGACUGGCAGUGAGGCCUAAGAUCAUCUGGAGAAUCACUGCAGAUGACUUCCUCUGUGUAAUUUAGAGAAUGAAAUAAUUAACAUGGAGAAGUCAUCUGCGAGGAAGCUAGUGUCUCUAGAGAUGCUGUGCUCAUCACUGUAAGAUGUAAACAGGUAUUGCUUUCCUGGGAAAAUCUGUCUCUGAAAACUGACUAUUCAUAGGUGUUGCCAAAACACAACAUCCCCUGGGUUGAAUCCCCAGGAUGUUCAUCUGAUCAUAAAUGGUAAAGUUCCUCUCGUGUGAUUGUAGUGGGCUUCUUGCAGAAGACCAGCAUAAUGCACACUUUACUUUCAUCUCUGGAGGAGUCUCAGGACCACUCAUGGGUACAUGCUGUACAUCCUGAUACACUCAGCACUAUAGAAGCCUGAGGAGUCUAUGUCAGCAUUCUUCCCUUCUCAAGUUUCGGAAUUAUUUUUAUGCAAACCAUUUAUAAGUCAAAUAUAAUAAGGACUAACAAUCUGUUCUCAAAAAAAUCUAUGAAUACCAACAGAAGAAUGAUACAUGGAAAUUACUCACUGGUGACAGAAUUUAUCCUGGAGGGCUUAACUAACCGACCAGAACUCCAAAUACCUUUAUUUUUUCUGUUUCUAGGAAUCUAUGUGGUUACUAUAGUAGCUAAUCUGGGCUUAAUUACGCUGAUUUCACUGAAUUCACAUCUUCACACACCCAUGUAUUAUUUCCUCUUUAACCUGUCAUUUGUAGAUAUUUGUUACUCUUCUGUCUUUACCCCCAAAAUGCUAAUUAAUUUUGUGGUAGAGAAGAACACCAUCUCCUAUACUGGCUGCCUGACUCAACUCUACUUCUUCUGUUUUUUUGUCAUUACGGAAUGCUAUAUACUGACUGCAAUGGCAUAUGACCGUUAUGUGGCUAUUUGCAAGCCACUGUUAUAUAAUGUUAUAUUAUCUCCCCGGAUAUGUGCUGUGUUUGUGUUUGGGGCAUAUGUGAUGGGUUGUUGGGGUUCCUUGGCCCAUACUCUUUGCAUGGCAAGACUGACCUUCUGUGAUGCAAACCUUGUCAAUCAUUAUCUGUGUGACAUUCUCCCUGUGCUCCAGCUUUCCUGCACCAGCACUUACAACAACGAAGUUGUGGUCUUUGUUCUAGUUGGCAUGAACAUUGUUGUGUCAACCAGUACCACGUUUGUCUCCUAUGGUUUUAUCAUUGCCAAUAUCUUACGUAUCAGCUCCACACAGGGUAGAGCUAAAGCUUUCAACACUUGUAGUUCCCAUAUAAUGACUGUUUCACUCUUCUUUGGAGCAGCAGCAUUUAUGUACAUGCAACCUUCUGAUGUAGAGUCUAUGGACAAGGGGAAAGUAGCCUCAGUAUUUUACACAAAUGUUGGUCCCAUGCUGAACCCCUUGAUCUACAGCUUAAGGAAUAAAGAUGUCAAACUUGCUCUAAAGAAAACUCUGAAAAGAAAUCUAUUUUCCUGAGCAGAAAUAGGGAAAUAUUAGAAGUAAAUUAUUCUCUUGAUUAUUUUGAGAUAUUUAUCUUAAUUAGAUAAGUAUGACUACAUAAAUAAAAUAUUGGUCAUCUCCAGUAAUUUAGAACCAUAUUUGCUUUACUCAUAGCUUUUCUUCAUUGUCAUUGUUCUUUUUCUUGUGUCUUUCCGUAGAUAAUUAUAUACUUGAGACAUUAAGAAACAUGGCAAAAGUAUUAUGCUUUAACUUUUCCUAUAUGGAAAUAUGGUUAUCGCAUAGACAAAUACUGUUGAUUAGAUAAGCAACUAACCACAUAACAUCACCCACCCCCAUUUACACUGUGAGACAGGAGGUUGAUUACGCUUGUGGAUCCUGAUAUGCUGUGUGGUUUUGGUGUCCCAUUGGAAUUCAAUGACACAGUCAGAGUCAGGAUUUUUUUUUGUUUGUUUUGUUUUUUUUUUUUAACAAAAACAAACCUAGUGAACAAAAUUGGUAAGAAUUUUUUAAAAUGUAUUUCAGCUAUUCUUUCAUACAGCUACACAAUCUGUCUUAGUUUCUCCUGUCUUAGGAAAUUGUUAAGGACAAACAUAAAGCUAAUAUAAACAUAUACUGAAAGUAAAUACCACAGGGAAUUUGGUCUUUCAGCAUUUGGUCUCAAAAAGUCUCUGAUGCAUGAAGAUAAAUUUUCUUUACUUUUUUUAGUACUUUUUGUUAAAACUAUUAUUUGAUAUAGUUGUUGAAUAAAAGGCAUUUCUGCUUCCUCUAAUAUAUGAGUUUCUUUGUUCUGAAUAUGGUAACAUAAAAAUAAACUGCUUAGUUCUUAUUUCCUGUGUUGCCUUUGUAAAAGACAUCAUGACAAAUAUUGAAAACUUACUUACUAUAAAAUUUCAGAAAUAUUUAUGUGUUUAUAAAAUUGCUGUUAUGUCUAUUCUUGUAUAUGGUCUUAAUGAAUGAAUUACUUUAAUUAAAUUUUUUCAUAAAGUAUAAAUCAA